UUAGGGUUGCAGCAAUGACUUCUCCAAAGCGGCAGGAAGUGGAGGAGAGAGCCUUCGAUGACGACAGCGAUUCUGAUAAUUCCGAAGACGGCACACCGGAAGAAAUCAAACUGUUCUAUGAUGAGUGGGAUAAAAGCCAGGGUUUUGAAAUCGACUUCUCGAAACUUAGCUUCUGUUUCGCAUGGCAACCAUUGGAUCUUGACGACAGUACAAUGGUUGAUGAGCCUCAAACCAACAGAGAUUUUAUCGCCAUGUUGUCCGAGCUAGCUCUCAUCAAGCACAACUCAGACAAUGGAACAAGACUGGAACUGGGAAAGAUUUUGAGGGCAAACUUCCAUCCAUCUGCUGGAAUUACUUUAUACAUCUCAUUCGAAGUCAAUGAUCCGUCUGAUGAUAAUCAGACGACAAAGCCCUAUCGAGCAGUGGUUCGCUACUUGGCCGGAGAUAUUGAAGUACAUUCUUGCAAGCCUAAACCCUCUUCUUGAAUUCUUCUUGAGAGGUUUUGUGGUAUAUGCAUGCAGUUUCUCCACCACAUCUAUCUAUCUAUCAAGCUCAAGGCCAGAAAAGUGUUUGCUUUGUCCUCCAACCUCUUCGUAUCGUUAUGUCUUGUGUCGAACUAGUUUCUUUGUUUUAGUCUUGGUGUUGAUGUUUCACUCUGUAUGUCAUUAGCCAAGUUUUGUAUAAUUUGGAUAGAUGAUAUGAAUAAUUUACAGUAGUACUUUUGUAUUUUGGAUAUAUAUUUCGAACUGUGUUAAACGAAUGCCAUAUUAACUCAGUUGCAAGGUAUACAAAUUUAGAUUUGAUUA